ACGCGCAGAACCAAAGACCACAGAAGCAAGGAUGGCCGACGCCCUGGACCACGUCCGAGCUGCCGUGAUCGCGAACCGCCCGAUCGAGGUCGAGGGCAGCGACGUGGUCUUCUGCACGAUUGACACGGAGACCGGCGCCAAGUCGGUGGCGAGCCGGCUGCCUGGCGACACGCCGACGGCCUUUCACUCGAAGGCCACGAAGAAGAGCUACGACCUCCUCGCCGUCGUCACGUGCGUGCAGUACGCCGAUCUGACGUUCGCCGAAUACCUGCCCAAGUGCCGAGCGAUCUCGGCCAGCCUCGUCUCGACCGUCGACAAGAAAGAGCUCAUCGCGUACCUCAAGGGCGACAUUGACAGCUCUGUGCAGGUGUACGAGCCAACGACCGCGCCCAAACGCAAGGCUGUUGACGAGGCGCCGUCCGCGCCCGACGUCAAGGUGUCAACCGACGCCAUGCAGGGCUCGCCCAAGAAGAAGGCCAAGGAGACGCCUGUCCAGAACGCCCAGGACGAAGCGCUCAAGCGCAUUCUCGCGAGAGAGUACACGCACCGCGACCGGACGACCAUGAUGACGACGCCCAAGUCGUUUGAGAACGUGCUGACGAUUUUCGAGACGCUCCUCAAGGAAGAGAAGGACAAGAUGGACAAGUCGAGCGGGAAGCCGUCGCUGCUCAUGCACCAAGUGAAGCAAGUGCUGCCGCUCAAGGUCGCGAUGAAGAACAAGAUCCCAGACAUUCCGAUCAUUGUCGUCCCGGCUGGCGUCUCGGACUUGAUCAACUUGCUCAACGCCAAGGACUUUCUCGAAGAUGGCGCGUACAUUACGACCGCCCAGAAGAAGGCCGAGGGCUGCCGCAAGUCGGCGUCGAUUCUCAUUAACUACACGGACAACGAGGAAACGCACCAGUUUCGCAUCGUCGACUCGGUCGCGCGCCUCAACGACAAGGAAUGGAAGAGCAUUGUCGGGGUCAUUGUCUCGGGCCAAACGUGGCAGUUCAAGGACUGGAAGUGGAACUUUCCGAUGGAAGCGAGGUACGAGCGAUCAUCGUUAUCAUCAUCAAUCGUAAAUGCAACCAUAUGCAUCUGCCUAGCCUGUGGCAUCCACAUCUACUCGCACGGCACGACGCUCAACGAAGAAAUCAAAAAAUGGGACGUCAAAAUCCUCAUGAUCCACCCGCACAAGCGCCACUUGGACAAGGUGGCGGCGCGCGAGUUUUGGGCCCACCUCUUCGCACACAUCAAGCACCGUGUCAUGACCUAG